AUGACCACCUCCCACGCCCAGGAAGGCCCCAAUAGCGCACCACUCAGUGCCGCGGCACGUGUGGCUCAGGGCGAGAGGCCGCCGAACUGGGUCGCUGUCAAGGAAGAACCCGCCUAUAGCCCGAGAAAAAUCAAAAUUAUCUGCGUGGGAGCUGGGUGCGCCGGUAUCACUCUAGCGCAUAAAAUCAAGCAUGAACUUCGUCUAGCAGAUGUCAUUGACUACAAAAUCUACGACAAAAAUGCGGAAGUUGGUGGAGUCUGGACUGAAAAUCGAUACCCGGGCGUCGCUUGUGAUAUAGCUGCUCAUGCAUAUACGUUUCGUUUCGAACCUAAUCCAUGCUGGUCUCAUUUCUAUGUCUCCGGCCCGGAGAUUCGUGAAUAUAUUCACAACACGGUCCAGAAGUGGGGGCUUGAUGACCACAUUGAGUUGAACUCGAAUGUUAUAGAGUCAGUAUGGGACGAAGACUUAGGGAAAUGGAAGGUGAAGAUUGAGGAGAAUGGAAAGAUUAAGGAGGACGAAGCUGACAUUUUUGUUAACGCAUCGGGCAUAUUGAACAACUGGAAAUUGCCAGAUAUUCAAGGUCUGGCUGACUUCAAAGGAAAAUUAGUCCACACUGCAAAUUGGGAUGAAAAAUACGAGUGGAAAAACAAGCGAGUGGCGGUUAUUGGCAAUGGUGCAUCCGGAAUACAGUGUGUUGCUGCCAUGCACUCUGAAGUAUCCAAGCUAGUCAAUUAUGUUCGCAGUCCUACCUGGAUCACCCCCAAUAUCAAUGCCGAAAUGACAAAAAAUGGGGAUAACUUUGCAUACACGCGCGAGGAGCAAGAACAGUUCAAAAACGACCCCAAAGCAUUCUUUGAAUUCCGCAAAGAGCUUGAAAAUCAUGUUAAUGGCGGUGCUUACGCAACACUCAAGGACCACCCCCUCCAACAUUUUCUCAGGGGAGAGACAUUGAAGCAGAUGCAAGAGAAGUUGAAAGCUCUAGAUCCGUCGAUUGCAGCUAGAAUCAUCCCUGCUUUUGCACCCGGCUGCCGCCGCCUUACACCUGGCAGUGGGUAUCUUGAAGCCUUUUCAGCCGAUAAUACUGAAAUGUGCUGGAAGGAUAUUGAGCGGGUCACUGAAAGUGGAAUCCGCACAUCAGACGGGGAAGAGGAAGAAUUUGACCUCAUUGUCUGCGCAACAGGGUUUGACACGUCGAUCAUCCCGCGCUGGAAGCAGAUCGGGAAGAACGGAAUCGAUUUGAGGAAGCAUUGGAAGGAUGACCCAGAGGCUUUCUUCAGUGUUCACGUUGAUCAGAUGCCAAAUUAUUUCAUGAUCGGUGGACCGAAUUUCCCCGUAUCCCAUGGUACUGUGACGACUGGGUUUGCCAUUGUGUGUGACUACAUCUUGAAAUGGACAAUGAAGAUUGCCACGGAGGAUAUCAAGUAG